UCUCCUCCAUAAACCAGCCUCUUUCCCCUCCACUCAGGACUGAAACCAGCGGCUCCCCUCACGCGCGCCUGCCUGGGGUCCUUGUGGCCAAAGGGCGGGGGGCGCGAGGUGCGUUUGCGCGCGCGAGAGGCGUUUUAACUUUUCCUCGACAUUCUCCUCAGGAUACCCCCGAGUUUCCCUUCCCAAGCCCCUCGGCGGCUUCUCUCCUUCCUUCACGCCGCCUCGAACUUCUCCAUUCAAAGGCUCCCCUAACGCCUCUCCAAAAAGAGAGAGAAACAGAAAGAAGAAGCGUCGGAGGAGGAGGAAGGGGUAAAUUCAAUAAGAGAAACCCAUGCAAAAGGCUUGCCCGGGCCUGGAAGCCCCGGCUGGCGGUAGCACCACCACCAAGUCCCUAAUCCCCUCCGAGGGAGGAGGAGGACGACGGUGGGAGUUGGGUCUGGCAAGGGGCCGCGCGCGCUUCGCGGGCGUUUUCGCUGCUAAGGGGCGGCUGGAGGCCACCGUACCCGCCGCCGGCAAGACAGCGAGGCGCACACGUUGGCUGCAAAAGUCUGGAGGAUCUCAAGUGUGUGUUUGUGCAUGAGAUCGCAGGCGCCGGAUCGGUGCAGGAGAGGAACCAUGUGAGUGUGCCCCUCGGCUUCCUAUUCUUAAUGCCAAAUAAAUGCACGCGCAUAACCCGGGAAAGGGAAUCAAAUCCUAAGAGAGAGAUUGGAGAGAGAGAGAGACGCCGGGGUGGCGGAAAGUCUCGUUCUCUUUGGCUGCUUUUGUUUGCAAAUCCGGCGGCUUGGAAGAUGGAGAUGGAUGUUCGGGGAGUUUCUCCGUGCCCGGAGCCCAUCCCCCACGCCGCGCAGGGGUCUGGAGGCUGUCAGCAGCAGCAGAAUGGGCAGGCAGGGGAAAGCGCCGGUGACAGCGCGCAGCAGCAGCAGCAGCCGGGGAAGAGGCAUAGCGGCGAGCAGGAAGACAAAAAGAAGUCCACAGCCAACAAGACUUCAGGUGGUCCCUCGUAUAGCAGAUGGUCAAGUUCACAGCCACAUCAGCCUAAUUCCACAGUGAGAACGUACCAAAACAGUAAAUACCGAGUGGCCAUGAGUCCUGGCUUUAGUUCCCAGUGGAGCGGCAGCCAACCUCUUUGGAACACAUACACUUUCCCAAGGACAAGCUUGCACUACCAAUCCCACGCUAGCUACACCUACUGUGCUGGACACACUGCGCAUUCCUAUGCACCAGCUCCCCACCCCAUGGCUCCUCCCAGCCCCAGCACUAAUAGUAGCAACAACAACAGCAGCAACAGCAGCAGCGGCGGCGGCGAGCAGUUGAGUAAAACCAACCUGUACAUCCGAGGCCUUCCACCCGGCACCACCGACCAGGACCUUAUCAAGCUGUGCCAGCCGUAUGGAAAAAUUGUAUCCACAAAAGCAAUUCUAGACAAAAACACAAAUCAGUGCAAAGGUUAUGGUUUUGUAGAUUUUGACAGCCCAGCAGCAGCACAGAAGGCAGUAGCGUCUCUUAAAGCAAAUGGAGUUCAAGCGCAAAUGGCAAAGCAACAAGAGCAAGACCCCACAAAUCUUUACAUCUCAAACUUGCCCAUUUCCAUGGAUGAGCAGGAGCUGGAGAAUAUGCUGAAACCCUUUGGACAUGUCAUUUCCACCAGAAUAUUAAGAGAUGCAAAUGGCGUCAGUAGAGGAGUCGGCUUUGCCAGGAUGGAAUCUACCGAAAAAUGUGAAGUAGUUAUUCAGCAUUUUAAUGGGAAAUACCUGAAAACACCCCCCGGUGUGCCAGCCCCAACAGAACCUUUGCUGUGCAAAUUUGCUGACGGAGGGCAAAAGAAACGACAGAAUCAAAGCAAGUACACGCAGAAUGGGAGGCCAUGGCCAAGAGAAGGAGAGGCUGGCAUGGCCUUGACAUAUGACCCCACGGCCGCUAUUCAGAAUGGAUUUUAUUCCUCACCGUACAGCAUUGCUACAAACCGCAUGAUUCCACAGACAUCUAUCACGCCAUUCAUUGCUGCUUCCCCUGUCUCUACAUAUCAGGUUCAGAGUACUUCAUGGAUGCCUCAUCCGUCAUACGUUAUGCAACCAACAGGUGCUGUGUUAACGCCAACAAUGGACCACACAAUGUCCAUGCAGCCAGCAAGUAUGAUGGGCCCCCUGACACAACAGAUGAAUCACCUUUCUUUGGGCACAACAGGAACGUAUAUGACGGCUGCUGCACCUAUGCAAGGGACGUACAUCCCCCAGUAUACUCCUGUGCCUCCAACAGCUGUCCCUCUUGAAGGUGUUGUCGCCGAUACCUCUCCACAGACAGUAGCACCUUCAUCACAGGAAGCCAGUGGUCAGCAACAACAGAUGGCUGUGGAAACGUCCAAUGAACAUGCACCCACGUAUUCCUACCAACAGUCAAAACAAUAAUCAGGACUGAAAAAUGUCGGUCUGAAAAGUUUGCCUUGAAUGGAGAAACUUCACCGAACAAGAAGUUGGCAUCCAGUUUGCACAGGCAUCAACAGAGUUUUCUUUUAAUUUUCUACCUUACCCAACGAAAACAAAACAGUGUUUCUAUGUGCUGUGCAGAUUGUUCAGUCAUGUAGUCUGAUAGUUUUAUUUUUGCUAUUUUUUUAUUAAAGAAAAAAAAACCCAUGGCAAAACACUGGGUUGGUCUUUUACCUGGAUGAACAUUUGAAAUUCAGAAUUUACUUGGAAGUGUAGAUAGAUUUGUUUUUGUUUUCCAAAAACACACUCAAAAGCAGAGAUCCGAUGAUGUCAAGAGGGAGCAAGCUGAGAUGAAAACUAAUGGUCUUCCUCAAGAACCCAGCUACUCUUUUCCCCUUCUCCGUGAAAUCCAGUGUGUCUUUUAUUUUGGGUUCAUUUUUCUUUGUUUGUUUUUUGUUUUUAUAGAAAUGUUUAGGUAAGGUUUAUCUUGAAUCUUAAUUGCCUUAAUUUUAAGGACGUCAAAGGCUCUCAAGGCAAGCUGUCAACGUCUUGGUAGAAGAAGGAAAAUGGAUUCAAACGUCCACCGGCAUCAACUGGUGAAGUUCAACAGACUGAAUUUUUAGGAUGGACAAAAAAUAUAUAUAUAAAAGCUGUACAGUUUAGCAGAAAACGAUCUUUUUCUUCUUUCGAAGAAAACUUGUUGAUAAAGAACUGUGGAGACUUCAAGAAUUGAAAAACAUGCAGACUUUUAUGAACUUUCUUAGUGUUGACAGAGAAGAAUCUAGAAAGCUAAAGUGUUUUACAAUAAAAUUAUUGAACUAUGGGGGGAAAUCAACUUGCAUUUUAAGGAAUGCAGGUUUUUUUUCUUGCAGAAUGGAGAUUUUUUUUUAAUUUACAAAGUGUGAUCGCUGGCAAAAGCAUUAGUGCUUUUUAUCUGCAGUCUUUUUUAUGAGCUUUAAAAAGUUUUUAGUCUGCUUAGCUUGUCACAUUGCAAAUACCUAGCUUAAAAGCAUUUGGUGGUGUGUGGGGGGGAACUUAAGUAGAUAGGAGCUUAUGGUCAAAAAAGUGCAAAAAAAAAAGCAAUAGCUAGAAGAAAUUGUUGACAAUUUCUGUAGUCUUUCCUA